AUGGCAUCGUCCUACGCCUUGCCAUCCUCCGCCCUUCCGCACGCUCACCAUCAUCACAUGCACUCCCACUCCCACUCGCCGCCGUCCCUCAAUGCGUUGAAGUCGACAAUGUCCAACGGCGGGCUGCAUACCCACAGCCAGAGCCAAGACUCGGCCGGCAACAGCCACGUACACGAUCACGAUCACUCCCAUAGUCACAAUGGCCACGCCCAUGGCCAUCCACACAGUCGAGCGAACUCGAGCCAUUCUUUACACUCUCGAGAAAGGGCGCCACCCCGAUCGCUCGCGUCAAUGGACGGCUGGAAAACAGACGUCACCCCGAGCGGGCGCCAACUCCUGACGCCUACAAGUGGUUCCUUCUCGGGGGCUUUCCAGCCUCUCGACAGCACAUCGAUAAGAGAACAUGACCAUGACCACGAUCAUAUCCACGGUGAUCAUGGCCAUGACCAUGACCACAGUCACAGUCAUUGUCACGGCCACGGCCACGACCACAGCCACAGCCAUGCCCACGGCCAUGCCCACAGCCAUGCACACGAUCACUCGAAACCCUCCCUAUUCACCAGGAUUAUUCUCCAAUACACACCAGCAGUUCCAUUUCUGCAUACGAUUGUCGCGGAAAAGGACUCAAGGAGAAUCUUCUACUUCAUGACGCUCAAUUUUGGCUUCAUGGCUGUUCAAGCGUUCUACGGCUACGUUACCGACUCACUGGGCUUGCUCAGCGACACGAUCCACAUGUUUUUCGAUUGUUUCGCCCUCUUCGUCGGUCUCUGCGCCGCGGUUACAAGCAAGUGGCCCCAGAGCCAGCGAUUUCCUUUUGGUCUUGGGAAGAUCGAGACAUUGAGUGGUUUCGCCAAUGGCAUUUUGCUGAUGCUAUUGAGUGUAGAGAUUAUCGUAGAAGCGUUCGAACGGAUAUGGGAAGGCCAACAACUUCAUCGUCUCAAGGAGUUGCUCAUUGUCAGUUUUCUGGGCGGAGUGAUUAACCUGCUGGGUCUGUGGGGUUUCGGCCACCAUCACCACGGCCAUGACCACUCCCAUGGCCAUUCGCAUUCGCACGGCGGGCACGAUCAUGAUCAUGCACAUGACCACUCCCACGGCAAGAAGCACAGCCACGCACACUCCCAUCACAAUGACAACAUGGAGGGCAUUUUCUUGCACGUCCUUGCCGAUACCAUGGGCAGUGCGUCAGUGGUGCUCUCGACAAUCCUCACGUACUAUACUGGAUGGACGUUCUGGGAUCCCUUGGCAUCUUGCGCUAUCGCGAUCCUUAUUUUCCUGGCGGCGAUACCCCUUAUCAAGUCUUCGGCACGCAACUUGCUUCUCAACAUCCCUGAUGAUGUCGAGUACAACUUGCGCAACACCCUCGCCGGUAUUCUGCAACAGAAAGGAGUUGUCAACUACUCAGUGCCCAAGUUUUGGAUGGACGACCGCAGCAGCGAGGACACAGGCGACAAGCUGCAGGGCAUAGUACACGUUGUGGCGGGCCGAGGGGCUAGUCUGGAUGAGGUACGCGAUCGGGUGCGCGAGUACCUCCUCAAGCACUCGAUGGACAUUGUAGUCCAGGUUGAGCGAGAAGGAGACGCCGGCUGCUGGUGCGGUGUUGGACGAUCGACGGGGCUGGCCACGACGCCGCUGAAGAGGAGCUUUUAG